UUUUGAUCCAUUACCGACCUUAAACCUCAAACUAACUGACGUACAGAUGUCAACAUUUAUUUAUUUAUUUUUGUACCGAAACCAUACAUAAACAAGAUUAACAGCUUGUAAAUGAUAACAUCCCAUCAAAUGACGUUUAGACUGAACGUGAUGAAAGACGCAUCUGCCCACGGCAAGUAACAUUAUGUCUUUCUUUUGUAUUCCUCAUUGGUACUAAUCUCCGUGUUUAGUCCACACCUAUGCCAACCGUGUCAACUAACCUAACCAGACCCGUCAGUGGUACACGGGCCCGAUAAACAAACCGCCAUCCGUCGCUAACGUAUAUAAGCCGAGCAUGUGUUCUGACACACUGUAAGCUAACUUGACGUGACAUCGGCAGCAAACAUGUGGGUUUUCGGCUACGGCUCUUUGAUUUGGAAAGUUGACUUUCCGUACGAGGACAAACGAGUGGGCUUCGUCAAAGGCUUCAGUCGCCGGUUCUGGCAGGGAAGUACGGAUCAUCGAGGAGUUCCUGGAAAGCCUGGCCGAGUGGUGACAUUAAUAGAGGAUCCUGAGGGCUGUGUGUGGGGCGUUGCUUACAAGUUGCCAUCAGGCCAAGAACAGGAAGUGAAAGAGUAUCUAGACUACCGUGAAAAAGGAGGCUACGGCGUGAUCACGGUUACAUUCCAUCCCAAAGAUGAACAACAGCAGCCAAUGCAAGACACAUUGCUCUACAUCGGCUCCUGCGACAACCCAAAUUACCUUGGCCCUGCGCCACUGGAGACAAUUGCUCAGCAGAUAGUCAAGUCUGUAGGGCCCAGUGGCAAGAAUACAGAUUACCUGUUUGAGCUGGCAGAUGCCCUCCGACAACUAGUACCUGAAGAUCUAGAUGAUCACCUGUUCUCUCUGGAGCGUCUGGUGAAGCAGCUGCAGGAGCAGGAGGACAUGGACUGAUCUACCAAGCGUCUUCUGAAGAGCUCAGGAAUCUGUUUACUGAAAAAGAUCAGCUGGAAAAGCAUUGGAUGAGCAGGAGAUACGCUACAAAAUAGUUGUUUAAUAUACAGUAGUCUCUUUACUGAGUAUUUGGUCUCUCUUUAUAUUAAGUGGCCCUAGUUAUUAUGUAGUUACAUUUGAAUUAAUAAUUUGGUACAAUGCACUUAUUGUGUAUUUGUAUUUAAAAGAGGUAGCGGAGUGUAAUAACAUUAACAAUUACACUGUUGACUUUAAACCUUUAUCUAUACCCUCAGACUUACCUAUACUACAAAACAUCCUUUACCUUACUUAUAUAAUCACCUCAAAUUCAUCAUACAUGUUUUGUACUAUGUAGUUAUGUCACUUUUAGGGACACUUGAUAUGAAAUGGGACCAAACAUUCUAAUAAGCACUUGAUUUGAUGUUUUCAGUUUAUUUGUCUUGUUAAAUAAUGAGACGCUAAAACAGAUUUCAGUAUAUACCACAUGAAAGUUGUGGGUACGUCCAUGAACAUGUAAAUAAUAGAAUUUUUAAUAUUCUGAGGUCGGUUUUAUUUUGCUCCGGAUACUUGAAUAUGCUACAAAGCCAUUUUCAGUUUAUUUAUGAAGUUCCAUACUUUAAAAUAAGUCAUGCGAGGUGAAUCGCUGGAACAUAAACAUGGUUAGGUCACAUUUUAUCCACCAAAAACACAUGCAAUAAAUAAAUAAUUAACUGAAUAGACAAAAUAAACAGAGAAUUUUUUUAUUUUUUAUUAUUGAGUACAAAUUUAAUAUUUUCCCAUCCAAUCCACUUUUUCCUCUUUUUUUUUUUUUUGUAAUUUUGGUUAUUUUUUGCUAUGCAAAAAAGCAAACGUCCAUCAAAACCUCUCUCUCCGUCCAUCUUUUCAUCCAUUUAACUACCUACAUUUUCUGUAAAAUAAAUAAUAGUAGGCUUAUUAAUAUUAUCAUUACAAGUUAUCAGUAAAAAAAACAACAAAUGAACAUUUUUCUCCCCUCCAAAAAAAAAAAAAAAA